AUGGAAGUGGUUCUGCGACACCGCGGAGCAUCCUUGUCGUCAUGCUUCCAGACGGUACGGUCGGAUCCACGACCCCUCGCAUCGCAGAAUGAAGGGCACAUGCUUCAGCACGGUCGCGUGCAGCGCCACCCAUCGGGAGGGGCUGAGGCCCACUCCUUUCUCAUGCGCCGACUGCUCAAAUUGCAAGGCAGGAUUCGAGACUUGCAGCGCCAAGAGCGCCUUGGAGCGGCAACUGAACAUCUGAAGGCUCGGGCUAGGACAGCCGUCCACCGGUGGCAGCGCCAGAUGGCUGCAAGGGGCAAAAAGGCCACAAGGUGGCUGAAGGGCAAACAACGACGCAUGACCAGCGUCAAGGCACCGGGGGCUGGACAGCCCACUGAGGCGCUCCACCACGGCGAGCCUCGAACACCGGGCAUUCUGACAGCGCAUCUGGGACAGGCCUGUCGUCAACAGGCGGGCCGCUGUGCAGAAGUGGCCUUCCAGCCUAACCAAGUCUGGAGUGCCGAGGCCUUCCACGAAAUCGGAUUGACUAAGGCCUGCUCUGCGCCAGGCGUGGACGGCUGGCGAGGGGACGAAAUCAAGUACUGGCCUCGUCAAGCUUGGGUCGUCUACUCAGAGUUGCUGUGCAAGUGGUUGGCCCGUGGCUCCUACCCACGGGCUUGGCAGGAGAUGCGACAGGUUCAGUUGCCCAAAGCUUCUACCAAGGAGCUUUCAGGCGAUGUUUCGGCUGCCGAUCUACGACCGAUCGUUGUCAUCUCGAUCUUGUGGCGAGUCGCUUCCUCGGCCGUCGGCAGCUGUCCGCAAGUCCGCAAAUUCAAGCCCCCGACCAAUACGGUGGGGUGCAGGCGGCAUAUCCACCAUGGACUCAGUAAGAUUGCUGGACCCCAGGCCCAGGGAACCCCAGUAGUCAGCUUGGAUUAUGCCAAAUGCCUUGAUCGGGUGGAUCCCAAGUUGGCAUGUGAUCUGAUGGCAGCGGCCGGCCUUCCGGCCCAAGGAGACGGGCUGGAACCACUCGCGCUCAAUGUGAUGCUUUCGGCGCCUGUGGUCAGUAGCUUCGGUAGCGGUCUGCGCCAGAGUGUCUUCCUGGACGACAGGGCCUUCGCCGUGGAGCAGGUCGUCGCUAGGGCACUCGAUGUCUGGCGGUUGUGGUCUCAAGUUCUAGGGAUUGAGGAGAACGAUGGCAAGCGGGUGCGCAUCUUGGGAGUUGACUUCACUGUCAGUUCGGAGACUUUGAAGCUCUCUUUGGCGGCACGCGUUGAGGAGGACAUGAGGAUCGGCAAACGCCUGCUUACCAAAGGCAUCGCUCUGGAUGUCCGGCGGGACUUGUGGCGCACUAGGGUCUUGCCGCUCGUCACCUGGGGCCAUCCUUUUGACCCGCCUCGGCAUGAAGAUGUCAAGCAGUUGCAGAAGCUGGGCACGUCUGUGGCCUACCUUCACCGUGCGGCGGGUGUCCACCUCCGUCGGUUGCUCGAGGGCCACAACAUGGACAUGAUGUUCCAGUCAGGCAUGUCAUGCCUGCCGGGCUCUGCUUGCGAGUGGAAGCUGGAACGACGUUGCCAGGACUCGAGGACCGGGCACGUGGUUGGAAAGCGUCUCAGGCUUUUUGCAGGACAGGGCUGUGCUACGGAGCAGGCCAGGAUUGAUUAUGCUCAGGGCAAUUUGAGCACCGUUGCUCACAGCAUCCGAGCUGAAUGGCGAGGCCAGCUGCUUUGCCGUUUCCGCGAGUCUGGGCGAAGGGACUCCUCUCAGCUGCAGGGAUGGCACCCAGGCGCCAAUUGCAUGUGCAUGGCCAUCCGGUUGCACCAGGAGGCGCCGGCUGAAGGCAACGCGGUCACGUCUGGGUUGCAGCACUGCCUACUACGACAUGCGGCGGACCGGUGGCGACGACCCAGCAUGCCGCUGGUGCAAUGA